CCUUGCCUCUUGAAACACCCACUCUGGGAUGAACCAGCUUCCACUGCUUGAGGGGACUCCAGCAGCCUUGUAGAGAGACCUAUGGGGAGUAACUGAGUCCUCCAACCUGUCAGUCAAGCCAGGAAGCCACCUGGAAAGCAGAUCCUGCACUCCCAGUAAAGGUUUCAAAUGACUACAAGCUCUGAACAGACUCCUAGCCAGAACUGCCUAGCAAAGCCACACAGGAAUUCCUGGCCUACAGAAAUUUCCCCUCCAACAGGGAAUAGGGAGACUUGUGCAAUCAAAGGGAUACUGCAUACAUGAAUGUGACUUCUGAGACAGGGAAUCUAGAGCAACAGCAAAGCUGAGGUCAAACUGCCAUAAGGAUGGACACCAAGGAAGCUGUGUUUGGGACAAAAAGAAAUCAAGAUAAGAUUGUGUUUCUCUUGAUAGCAACAUGAACCGUGAAGACCGGAAUGUGCUGCGUAUGAAAGAACGGGAAAGGCGGAAUCAGGAAAUUCAGCAGGGUGAAGACGCCUUCCCACCUAGCUCUCCUCUCUUUGCUGAGCCUUACAAAGUUACUAGCAAAGAAGAUAAGCUAUCAAGUCGUAUUCAGAGUAUGCUUGGAAACUACGAUGAAAUGAAGGAUUUCAUAGGAGACAGAUCUAUACCAAAGCUUGUUGCAAUUCCCAAGCCUACAGUACCACCGACAGCAGAUGAAAAAUCGAACCCAAAUUUCUUUGAACAGAGACAUGGGAGCUCUCAUCAGAGUAGUAAAUGGACUCCAGUAGGACCUGCACCCAGCACUUCUCAGUCUCAGAAACGGUCCUCGGGCUUACAGAGUGGACAUAGUAGCCAACGGACCAGUGCAGGUGGCAGUGGUGGCACCAAUAGUAGUGGUCAGAGGCAUGACCGUGACUCAUACAGCAGUAGUGGCAGCAGUAGCCGGAAAAAAGGCCAGCAUGGAUCAGAACACUCCAAAUCACGUUCUUCCAGUCCUGGAAAACCCCAGGCUGUUUCUUCGUUAAGCUCCAGUCAUUCCAGAUCUCAUGGGAAUGAUCACCACAGUAAGGAACAUCAGCGUUCCAAAUCUCCUCGGGACCCUGAUGCAAACUGGGAUUCUCCUUCCCGUGUACCUUUUUCAAGUGGGCAGCACUCAACUCAGUCUUUCCCACCUUCAUUGAUGUCAAAGUCGAGUUCAAUGUUACAGAAACCCACUGCCUAUGUGCGGCCCAUGGACGGACAGGAGUCUAUGGAACCAAAGCUGUCCUCUGAGCACUACAGUAGUCAGUCCCAUGGCGGCAGCAUGACUGAACUGAAACCCGGCAGCAAAGCACAUCUCACCAAGCUGAAGAUCCCUUCCCAACCACUGGAUGCAUCUGCUUCUGGUGAUGUGAGCUGUGUAGAUGAAAUUCUUAAAGAGAUGACGCAUUCAUGGCCUCCCCCUCUAACGGCUAUUCAUACACCAUGCAAAACAGAACCUUCCAAAUUUCCUUUUCCAACUAAGGAGUCUCAGCAGUCCAAUUUUGGACCUGGAGAACAAAAAAGAUAUAAUCCUUCUUCUAAAACUUCAAAUGGCCACCAGUCUAAAUCUAUGUUAAAAGAUGACUUAAAACUAAGCAGCAGUGAAGACAGUGAUGGGGAACAGGAUUGUGAUAAGACAAUGCCAAGGAGUACACCAGGAAGUAACUCUGAACCUUCACAUCAUAAUAGUGAAGGAGCUGAUAACUCAAGGGAUGAUUCUAGCAGCCACAGUGGAUCUGAAAGCAGCUCUGGAUCUGACUCAGAGAGUGAAAGUAGUUCCAGUGACAGUGAGGCAAAUGAGCCAUCCCAGAGUGCAUCUCCUGAGCCUGAACCACCACCAACAAACAAAUGGCAACUUGAUAAUUGGUUGAAUAAAGUGAACCCACAUAAAGUAUCACCAGCUUCAUCUGUGGACAGUAAUAUUCCAUCAUCUCAAGGCUAUAAAAAGGAAGGCCGAGAACAGGGCACAGGGAAUAGUUAUACUGAUCCAGGCGCACCUAAAGAAACGAGUUCUACUACUCCUGGACGAGACUCCAAAACUGUCCAAAAGGGAUCAGAAAGUGGACGAGGGAGACAAAAGUCUCCUGCACAGAGUGACAGCACAACACAGAGGAGGACUGUAGGCAAGAAACAACCCAAAAAGGCUGAGAAGGCAGCUGCUGAAGAGCCUCGUGGAGGCCUGAAGAUAGAAAGUGAAACUCCUGUAGACAUGGCUACCAGCAUGCCUUCCAGCAGACACAAAGCAGCCACCAAAGGCUCACGGAAACCCAAUAUUAAAAAGGAAUCCAAAUCUUCCCCUCGACCUUCAACUGAGAAAAAGAAAUACAAGUCAACGAGUAAAUCUUCCCAGAAAUCAAGGGAAAUCAUAGAAACAGAUACCUCAUCCUCAGAUUCGGAUGAAAGCGAGAGCCUUCCUCCUUCCUCACAAACUCCUAAGUACCCCGAGAGUAAUAGGACUCCUGUUAAGCCCUCCUCAGUGGAGGAGGAAGAUAGCUUUUUUCGGCAACGAAUGUUCUCUCCUAUGGAAGAGAAGGAACUUCUUUCACCCCUCAGUGAGCCUGAUGACAGGUAUCCACUUAUUGUGAAGAUUGACCUGAAUCUCUUGACUAGAAUACCAGGAAAGCCUUACAAAGAAGCAGAGCUACCCAAGGGGGAAAAGAAAAAUGUGCCAGAAAAGCACACAAGAGAUGCUCAGAAACAAACCUCAGAAAAAGUUUCCAAUAAAGGCAAGAGGAAGCAUAAGAAUGAAGAUGAUAACCGAGCCAGUGAGAGCAAGAAACCCAAAACAGAGGACAAGAAUUCAGGAGGCCACAAGCCAUCUAGCACCAGAGAGUCAUCUAAGCAGAGUGCUACAAAAGAAAAGGACCUGUUGCCUUCUCCCGCUGGACCUGUUCCCUCAAAAGAUUCAAAAACAGAGCAUGGCUCUCGGAAGAGGACUAUUAGUCAGUCUUCUUCCUUAAAGUCAAGUAAUAACAGCAACAAAGAGAACAGUGGUAGCAGCAAAAGCAGUUCCUCCACAUCCAAACAGAAGAAGACUGAGGGGAAGACUUCCAGUAGCUCUAAGGAGGUGAAGGAAAAGGUACCAAAUAGCUCCUCUAACUGCCCUCCAUCUACACCAACUCCUGAAGCCUCUAAGCCUCGAAGAACAAAGCUUGCCUUUGACGACAGAAAUUACUCAGCAGACCAUUAUUUACAAGAAGCAAAAAAACUAAAGCACAAUGCAGAUGCAUUGUCCGAUAGGUUCGAGAAAGCUGUAUUCUAUCUUGAUGCUGUGGUUUCUUUCAUUGAAUGUGGGAAUGCAUUAGAGAAAAAUGCUCAGGAAUCCAAAUCCCCAUUCCCUAUGUACUCAGAGACAGCUGAUCUCAUCAAAUACACUAUGAAGCUAAAGAAUCAUAUGGCACCAGAUGCUACAGCUGCAGAUAAAAGACUUGCUGUACUUUGCCUGCGAUGCCAGUCUCUGCUGUACCUGAGGCUCUUCAAACUAAAGAAGGAAAAUGCCCUGAAGUACUCAAAAACACUGACAGAGCACUUGAAGAAUUCUUAUAAUAAUUCUCAAGCACCAUCACCUGGCUUGGGAAGCAAAGCUGUUGGGAUGCCUUCCCCUGUUUCUCCAAAGUUGUCACCAGGCAAUUCAGGAAAUUAUUCUUCUGGGGCCAGUAGUGCUUCAGCAAGUGGUUCUUCAGUGACCAUUCCACAGAGGAUCCACCAGAUGGCAGCCAGCUAUGUUCAGGUUACAUCCAACUUCCUCUAUGCCACUGAAAUUUGGGACCAAGCUGAACAGCUUUCCAAAGAGCAAAAAGAAUUCUUUGCUGAACUGGAUAAAGUAAUGGGCCCUCUCAUCUUUAACGCAAGCAUCAUGACAGACCUAGUUCGUUACACCCGGCAGGGACUACACUGGCUUCGCCAGGAUGCCAAGUUGAUAUCUUGAACUGAACACAUUCUCGUUGCCUCUGAUUUUCUCCACAACACUGUGUCACAUCACGAAGGAAAACUGCCAUAACACGCCACCUAGUCGACACUAAGAAUGAGGAAUGGUUUUCUCCUCCCUGGUUCAUGCGUUGUUUUUUAUAACCCAAAACCAUCAUGUCAGUUGACCCCUUCAAUAUUCCCAAUGUGAAAAAUUUAUUUAAAUGUUUUUAAAUCUGCAGCACAUUGAAAAGAUGGUUUCAGUGAUCUGUAAUAAGAUUGAAAUUACUGUUGCAGUUCAUAACUAAUCAAUUGAGAUUCUAUUUAUUUUAAUUUUUUUAUGUUCGCAGAUUGGGGGUAGUUGAAUACUUAGUUAUUUCUGCCUAUAAAUUUACUCUUAAAUAUUUAGCAUAAAUGUAAUGUAGGCAUUUUUAUUUAUAUACUUUGGGAGCUUUGUUACCUAAUAAUGUUUUUUUGUCAUAACUCUUCUAAGAGUAAGAGAUGGUUCAUCUAAAACAUGGACAUGUUCUUUCUACGCCUGCUACCUGAAAUUAUUUCAAAUCUUAACUACAAUUUUAUUAUUGUAGAAUUUAUACUUAGUAUUAGGAUAUUCUUCUACACAUGAAAAAUCACUUAAAUAUGAGAAGAAGAUGGCAUUCUACAUGGAUAUAAAAUGAAAUGUCUCAUUGGUAUGCAUUAUUUCAAGAACUGUGAAUGUGUGUUGAUAACACUAGCAAUCACAAGGUGACUAUAGCUUGCAUCAAAUGCAUUACAAAAGAGGGCAGGCAAACUUCCUGGGAGAAGCAUAUCAUGUGAAGGGUUUCAUAAAAGGACAAUCUUGAACUUCAUGGAUUUUAUUAAAACCAUGUGUUCUUUUUGCUAAUCAUUUGAACUUAAUUGAAACAGUAAGUUACUGUUGAACAAAGGAUGAUCCAACUCCUGAGGGUUGCUGCCUAUAUCUCUUCUACUGAUGAUGUUUAAAGGAUAAAAUGUCUCUUCUGAACUUUUAUGUAAAACAUUUUCCCCCACAUUAGACUGGUGCUCUGAUAAGAGCAUGCAGUGACUGUUCUCGGAAUGGACUGGAGCUCUGGUGCGUGUGCUUUUGCUCUACAAUUUAGAGUUCUAAUGCCUGAUGUGGAGAUGAUGAAUUUUUCCUUUUUAACUAUCUUGUAUUUACUUCCUUUGUAUUAUGAAGGCCCUCAUCAAUAUUGUGUUUCUGAUGGGAUCAGAAAAUUCACACUAGAGAAGUAUGUAACUUGGUUCAAUGUGAGCUCUCUUGGGAAGGGGAGAAGUGCAGGGGUAGAGCUUAAGAAGUCACCUCUGUCAGAGUUGUGUGUCAAAGUACCUUUCCCUGUAAGGUGCAUAUAGGAAUCAAAAGUGAGAAACGUACCCUCUAUCUUUUGCUUUUAGUGCCCCUAUCAUGUCUGGUGUGCCUUAAAUCUUACCUUUAAAUGAAGACUCUAUGGAUUGUUUACAGAUGAAUUUUUACACUAGGACCAGAUCACCCAUACAGUUGGUCUUCUGCGGUAAUAAUGUUAAAUUCUCUUUCCUUUUAAAUCUCUCUUUAGGGUCACUUAAAGAUGAAUUAUUUCAGAAAAACUAAUGCUUUGGUACAUGACUUAGUCUAACCUAUUGCGUGAUGCUGCUUCAAAAAAUAGCUUGUCCUCCCAAUCUCCCAAUUCCAAAAAUUAAUCUAGCCAAUCAGAAAGAAAAAAAUGAUUGCCCUGUUAUUUAUAGAUGAUUGCUUAAGCUUGAAAUGGGAAAGGAGAAACAAAAUCUCCAAGCCCAGUCGUGCAGAGAAUCCUCUGUUUGAGUCUCUUUUACACUUACUUCCUGGAGCUAAUGAACUCUCAUUGUCCUGUGGCCUCAUAUUUAUAGAGUUUCUUACCGGUUUUGUACCUCAGAUUGUUUUUGCAUAUUACUGAAGAUGGAAAUUGACAAAUUAUGUUGAAUUUAACUUUUUUCCCUUGGAGAAAUUGCCUCUGGUAUCUUUCUGUGUUUUUGAACAGUUUUCCUUAAGAGAACAACUUCUCAGUGAUCAAUGGUAGUUAGUAAGAAAUUUGCCACUGUUAAUCAAGUAGAUAUAUGCCCUGUCCUCCUGAUUCCUCUGAUUGUGAUUUCUUAAUUUGUAAUGAGGUCUUAGAAAUAGAAUCCUGAGCUUUUAGACUUUGAACAACAGCAGUCAGUAGGGCACCUGUGAGUUUCAGUGUGCCCUAGCUUCAUGUGUGUCCUGAGAGGCAGCAGGCAUGUUUCUGAUUUUGUUCAAGCAGAGUUUCCUGCAUGUUUUAUGGUGCUGCUCUAAGAUACUCACACUCACAAACUAUGUGAAUUCCUAGAGAAAUACAGUUUUCGAGUUUUCAUUGUGGAGGGUUUUUGCUACCAGGUGGUAAUGGGCAGUGGAUCAAAAUCCUAUCCUAAAUAAUUGAAUUGUCAAUGUAAUAAUAGUCUGUGGCAACACCACUCCCUCUCCUCUUUGUCCAUCUUCUCAGAAGUCUGUCUGGGUCUUCAUCUGCUCCAGCAUGUAUGUCGGACUCCUUUACAGACGACCAUUCCUCCUUCCUCAGUAGGUGUCUUCAGUGUUCUCUAACCAUUUCAAACUGAAUUUGAGAAGUGGCUAAAAACUUACUUAGUCUGAGACUUGUACUUAAUAUAUCGUUAAUUAUAAAAAUGACAACUAUUUAAAAAUUUGCUGUUGACUGCUCUUUAAGACCACACUUGUAUGCCAGGAGGCAGCAGCCUACACCAUUGGACUCUUUACAGGCAACCAACGAACAGAUUGCAGUGGAUGAAGUUGUCACGUGCUAGUCUUGCCCAGCCUGGACUGGGCUGUGGGGAGCAUUCCCCUUCAGGUGAUUCACACUUUCACAGUCCAGCCCAGGUCCAGUGUGGGAGCAUUCAUCCUAUUUCUUGCCCCAGUACCGCCUUUUUCUGGGCAAAUAGCCAAGAACUGACUCUGUUAGCAAGGAGUACUUCAGAUAAUUUGUAGCUUAUAGUUGCUGAAGAGUGGAGAAGGUUGACCAUCACUAAAUUAAUUCUCCAAUGUGAAAGCAAUCUAUAUAACAUGUGCAUGUGCCCACACACUCCUGUACUCUGGGGAGCUCUCCUACUGAUGGAUCCAUAGGCAUCUGGGCUGCACUUUGAAUGACACACUUGCGGCUUUAUUAGAUUCACUGUUGUUGUGUUUUUUUUUUUUUUAAUUGUUGUUUGUUUCUUUUCAUUCAAGAAAGGUUUAAUCAGCUAGAUCAAAGAGCAUCAUUUUGUAUCCAAUGACAGAAACUUUGGGAAAUUACCUUUAUUAAGUGAGCUUGCGUUGUGAAGCAAGAGCCUACAAAAGGCACCUGUUCUACAUGAAAAUUCUGCCUCUAGAGGCAGCACUCUGGAGUUUGAGAGCAGCCAGUGGUCGCUCCAGUCAGUGAUGCCUAGUUGUGUAGAGGAGAGGCACACUGCGUGCUCUUCUAGGUGUGAGGGUAUGCAACUUUGGAUUUUAAAAUUAUGUACACAUACACACUUUAUAUAUAUGUAUGUAUGUAUGUAUGAAAACAUGAAAUUAGUUUGUCAAAAAUGUGUGUGUUUAUUAGUAUUUUAGCUUAGUGCAACUAUUUCCACAUUAUUUAUUAAAUUGAUCUAAGACACUUUCUUGUUGACACCUUGAAUAUUAAUGUUCAAGGGUGCAAUGUGUAUUCCUUUUAGAUUGUUAAAGCUUAAUUACUAUGGUUUGUAGUAAAUUAACUUUUAAAAUAUAUUUGAGCCCUUCUGUAGUGUAAUGGGGCUCUUACAGGGUGGGAAGGAUUUAAAUUUUCCAGUUGCUAAUUAAACAAAAUGGCCUCAUUAUGUAUUUUGAAUUAUAGGAGUUUGCCUCUGGGUCCCAGGAACAUCUGGGAAUAUGUAUUUUAGGCAGAUUGUGCUGUUUUGUUUUUUUUUUUAUUUAAAAAAUCUAAGUAAAUUGGGAAGCACAGCAUUUCAAAUCCAUAUAGACUCCUAUAACUCAUUUUAAUUGAUUUCAUUUCAAUUUCAUGUAUCAAAUGUGUUGGAGAGGCAGACUUUUUUCCAGUAAUAAAUAAUACUGCACAUCUAAGGAUGACAGAUGAGCUAAGUAUUGAAUGACUUUGUAAUAUUAGUGACAGGAGGCCAAAUUGGUCAUGUUUGAGCUUAUCUUUCACAUAUUCACUAAUAGAGAAAUUCAGCGUAGACCUCUAGAUCCUAGCACCACGUUGGCAAGUGAGAGGAAAUAAGUUUUUAAUUGUUGGUCAAGUAGACGAUGAUUCUACUCAGAUGGGCCCUAUGGUUAAUGAAAAAAAUAACUGCCUCCAGAAAAGGGGAUGGGUGAAGUAUCAAAAUCUCUCUCUCUCUCUCUCUCUCUCUCUCUCUCUCUCUCUUUUUAUGGAAUUAGGUCACAGAAGAAGGCAUUAAGUCUAAACCAUGUCUUACAGAUCUCUAAGCAGCCCAAAAUAGUGGCCUUAAAUAAUCAUGUAAUGAAGUUGACUUUUGGGAAUGUCAGCAUUGACCUCUCCCUGUCACCAUUUAAGCACUCAGCUAAGGAUAAAUUGCCAUUCUGAAAAAGAAAAAAAGCUCUCUAAAGGAGCAUGGAUAAAAGUUCCCACCCAGAAAUUCUAGUAAUACUGUUUUACCUCUUCCUGCUUACAUGUGGGGUUUCUUUUCAGCCUUUAACCAUUGGAAUUUUCUGCCUGCUGUGUUCCUCUCUGGAAAGUAUCUAUUUGGAAAUGCUGCCUUCCAAAUCAAUGCCAUGAUUAUCCAUACUGUUGAGUUUGUUGUUGCUGUUCAAGAAGUGUCCCCAUAUAACAACUUUAUGCACACACCUGGCAAAUCAUUGACAUGAGCAUUCAACAGUACUGGGGUGGGGUGGGGUGGGGCGGGGUGGGGUGGGCUGAGAUAGGGCUCACCAACAGAACUGGCCCAAUUGGCUGUGCCUAAAAAGGCACCACCUUUGAGGCCCAGAUGUGGGGUUGGUAAGCACAGUUCUGAAAAUUUCUAUCUAACCUCCGUUUUGAAUGGUUUUAAGAAAUUUUGUAUAUGGAGGAUGGAAAUGCUUAUAUAUUUAUUGAAAAUUCUUUUAUCUUAUUUGAAAUUAAAAUUAUUUGGUGAAUAAUGGUUUGAUAUUUGGGGAGGGUUUUGGAGGGGAGCUAACGCCACUGAUAAAUUAAAAGCCUGUUGAUUCUGCAGAAAGGUACUGUUAGUGUCUGAUAGGAUGCCUUUGUUUUGUACAUGAUCCAAAUCUUCGUUUUACAUUUCUUUUAUCCAAAAUAUUUAGGCAUCUGACAUUUUCAACCAAAAUUUCAAUUAUAUACUGUGAUUUUUAUUUGUUGCAAUACAUUAAAAUUUCAGAGGUACUUUGGGGCUCAAAAGCUAGGAUUUCUAAGUCAGUAUGUGCAUUUCACAUAAUAAAGCUGUUAAUGGUGAGCAAAGUAUUAUAUACUAACUAGAUUUUUCCACAUCUGUAUAGUAUAUUAUAUGUAUUUUGUGGUAUUGAGAUUAUAGAAAGUUUAGAGUGUCAAACAUGCGUUUAAUGUGUAUUUUUAAACAAAUUUAUGGCAAUUAAAAUAUUUGGAGACAAGGGUAUCACAUUUCAAUUUGUAAAGAUCUUUUUAACUCUGUGUCAUUAAGAUGCUUUGUAUAAUGCCAAACCAUAGCUGGAGAAACUAAGUUUAAUAAAUAUCAAAUAGAUUUUCUGUAUUAAAGUUUAUAAACACUGUGCUCUUUACACUUCUUCAACUCUUACUUUGCCCUGUUCAUGUAAUGUUUUGUAUUUUAGGGUGCACUGCUACUCUUCUCUAAAAAUCCACGUCUCAUCUGAUUACAGAAGUUCUAAACUUGCUGACCAUGGGGAUUUUGCACAGGUCAAAAAAUCUUUUUUUUGCUGCUCUUGGUGAUGUGUGCAUUUGUUUUAUUCAAUUAGAUUUUUCUUGCAAUUCUGCCUUAUGUUCAGCAACAUACAGACUGGGCACAUCAUCAGGCAGCAAGUGCCAGCAUGGCCCACCUUUGACUCCUCACUGGAGAAUUUUUACAUGGAGUGAAGAGCGAGCGUCUGGUGCCCACUUAUCAACUUGCCAAGGCCGAUCACAUAGCUAUUGCUAAACUUUUGCCUCUGACCAGACAUUGUGUUAUCUCUUGGGGAAAAACAACUGUUCUCACUACAUUUUCCAGAAUUAAUUAGGCAACACUGUCUUUUCUUACAGUAUACAAAGUGAACCCUUCAAAACUUGAAUACCAGACUACCGACAUUUCAAUUUGAGACAUUUAAUAGUACACAUAGAAAAAUAAACUCUAAAUUGAAAAGUGCUUCUCUACAUAUCCACAUUCUAAGAAGAAACAGAGACCAGUUUAAAGCAUACAUCUGUCUUUUAAAUAUUAAAAACACAAGAUUGCUUCACGUGUCUCCAGCCAAAAUGCAGUUAAUCAAUAUUCCAUAGAACGGAGCAUUGUAGGUGAGUGCUGUCCACUUCCCCUCUGGUGUGUACAUCAUUCCUGCGCCACACUUAGGGAACAGUGUCUUUUUCUAGGGGAAAAGAAGAGGUUUUUAAGACAGGUGUAGCUACCUCCAUUGCAUUUCCUUACUCUUAUGUAAUAUUGGACGAGACCUAAACAAAAGACAUCAUUCAUGGUAUCUGUGUGGAGCUUCUUGGCUCUUAACCCCUGCAGGGUUUUCCAGGGAGCUCCCCAUCUCAGCCCAGGGAGUCCACCACCCCAGGUUUAUUCUUAGGUUUAUUCUCUGUGUGCUGAUCUUGCCUCUGCCUAACUUCCAAGCUUCUGUGCCAGUCCUGCUUCCCAGGUCCAUGGUGUACCUGCAUAGCCUCGUGAUGCACUCGGAGUCGUCCCGGCAAGAGGCUCCAAUGGGCCUGAGGGAAACCCCUCUCCAAAAUGGGGUCAUUCUCCGCAUCCUUCUCUUUGCUGAACUCACUUCUGAUAUUGGGGAGCCAUCUGCCUGUAGGGUAAAGACAAAUACAUUUCAGGAAUGGAAGAGCUGACGCAUACUGCAUAGCAUGCAAGAGUGAUCUGUCCCAGGAUGCUGUAGGGCUCGAGCAGAGGAACCAUUUCUCAGGACUGAGUCUAGUUUUC